AGUUUGGAGGAAAUACUCGUGCGCUGUCACCUCAAACCAACUCUUCCGAGUUUUGUAAUUUAAUCUUGUAAUAAUCAUCUUAUUUGGCGUGGGGGAGCAAGGGGAGCGCGUAGAGCCGUUUCAAAACAACGCCAGGACAGCUGUUGCGUGUCCAGGGGUUUGUUGUGCGUCUUUUCUAAAAAGCGAAAGAGCCGGGAGCCGGGCCUGUGAGCCGAGAUGGAGGUGGACCCCCCCGCAGCCUCGCUGCCCCUGCAGCAGGACCUCACCUGCCCCGUGUGCCAGGCCAUCUUCCAGGACGCCGUGCUGCUGCCCUGCUCGCACAGCUUCUGCCGCGCGUGUCUGCGCCGCAGCUUGGAGGCGAAACGCAAGUGUCCCGUGUGCAGGGCGGACACCACGGAGGAGCAGGCCAUCCCCAACCGCGCACUCACCGACGCCAGCGAGAGCUUCAUCAAGCAGUCGUACAAGAACCAGAGCCAGGGCCAGAACCAGAGCCGGCCCGAAGCGCAGUGCUGCAACCUGCACAUGAAGCCGCUGGAGCUGUACUGCGAGAAGGACGAGGAGCCCGUGUGCGUGGACUGUGUCACCCUGCACAGCACGCACAGGCUGCUGUCUAUCAAGGAUGGCGUGCCCCUGUGCAAGAAGGAGCUUAGCUUCCGAGUCCAAAUAUUUGAGAAGAAAUUGGAAACAUACAACAAGAUGGUGCAUAAAUUAAGCAAUGGAGUGGAAUACGUCAAGUAUCAGGCUGGGCAAGCAGAGAAACAGAUCAAGUCAGAGUUCGAGAGACUCCGCCAGAUGCUCUACACAGAGGAAGCACUGUGUCUGAGAUCGCUGGCGUCUGAGGAAGAGGAUAAAAUUAACGAGUUGGAAAUGUGCAUCAUCAAUACAAAAGAUGACAUUGCUGAUCUGAAAAAACUCAUUGACUGUUUGAAGAAAGAGAUGGGCGACGACGAUCUGCCCCUUCUGCAGAAAUUCCGGGAGUUGAAAAAAAAAGCCCAUUGGACUGAGAGUGAUCCUAACUUUCAUUACGACUCCCUGUUGCAAAUGGGCAAGCAUGUUGGUGGCCUGAGCUUUAACAUCUGGAAGAAGAUGAAAGCCCAUGUCAAAUACCAGCCAGUGGUGCUGGACCCGAACACAGCCUCUCCGUGGCUCUCCUUGAGUCCUGACCUCACCAGCGUGGUGGGAAGCCCGGAGCGGUUGACUGUCCCCGACAACCGGGAGCGCUUUGAUCCCUGUGUCUUUGUCAUGGGUGCGGAGGGUUACACUUCCGGCAAACACAAAUGGGAUGUCGCUGUCGGCGAGAACCCUAAAUGGACUUUAGGAGUGUGCAAGGAGUCUUUGGUCCGUAAAAAGAAGUUCACUCUGUCAACAAAUCGAGGAGUGUGGGCCAUGACCUUGAGCAAAGGGGUGUACACCAUGAGCACAUCUGAGCGCACAGAGGUGAAAGUGCAGCAGCGACCUGAAAGCAUUCGCAUCAAGCUGAAUAUGGAUAAGGGAGAAGUGUCCUUUUGGGAUGGGGCGAGCGCAAAGCACUUGGUCACACUUGAACACAAGUUUGAAGAAAAGAUGUUUCCAUUUUUCGGCCCAGGGCUUCACACUUCUCCGAUGGUUCUGCCUGCAGGAAAAAUAGCUAUACACACAUCGUGAAAGGCCAGCCUAUUGUAAAGCUAUACAGUAUAAAAGUAAAACUUUUUAUUCUUUCAUCACUUUUUAAAAGCUAAAUCAGCAUCAAACCGCUAUGACCAACAAACAAGUAAAAAUGAUUGAAGAAUAUUAAGUGUGCCAAAGAAAACAGAGUAAACGUCAGAAUCAAACAUGAAAGUGACGGAGAUGUCUAAGAUUGAUUUUUAGAAAGCAUGUUGUAACACGACGAGCCUUUCAACCAACUUUAAACCAGGCCAAAGAAGAGAGGCAAAGUAAAAUGUCUUCUGGUUAAGCACUGAUGAUGAAUGGGAAAUUUAAUUAGUAGGAAAUGUAUCUCAACCUGUAAAAAAUAUUUACAACCUUAAUGUUGUUGCUAAAGUAAUUUGAAUUGACCAGUCUCUUCUCAAUUUACUAUCGAAAGAUAAACCAGGAUAAAAAAAAAAAAAAAGAAGAAAUAGGGUGUGGGGGGGCUGGCUGACUGGCUGGCGACCCGACCCAACCCACCAAACCAUAAAUAUAACCAUACCCUCUCCACGACGAAGAGAGGGUGUGUGCUUAUGCAGAUAAUGUUGGGGUAUGUUUUCUUGGUCUGCACAAGAGAGAAAGAGAAGCAGGAGUUCUCUGUGUUUUGUUUCAGAUAUCGGCAAAUGUGACAACAUCCAGAAAUCUCUUACCGUGCCUUUAAGGGUGUGUUCAUAGUUAAAUCUGUUAUGUCUUUGGGGGCUUCACAUCUACCAAAGUUUUUAUCUUUGGCUAUUUAGGGUAAUUUUUGUUUUGAAUCGAGAUUAACUUUCUUUAUGCUUAAAAAAACCAACAUCCUAAUCAAUUGUUUUAUUAUGUCGCACAAGUUGAUUUUAAUCAGACAUGGUAAUCUGGGUUGCAUCUAUCGGACUUUGGGGUUUGCUUAUCAGUUGAUACCGAUCUGGUGCCAUUGUUGAAUUAAGAAGCUGCGUACCUCGUUGUGAGGAAUCAGGCUUUAUUGUACAUCUUUUUCCAAAUUAAACAAUAACUUCUUAGAUACAACUGAUAUUUAUUUGUUAAAAAUUAAAGCAAUUCUACACAGGCAGCAGUAAAUGGUCGUUAGUUCAAAUACCAAAUAAAAUAGAAACAAACUUAACUAAAAUGUAGUAGAUUAAACUACAUGUGUGGACGUCAUUCAUUAGAAGUUAUUGCAAUUAAUUAUGGAUAGGUUAAUGGAUGGGUUCAUUUUCUGAUGACCAAUAAAGAUAUUUUGUUAAUAUCGGGACUGACAUCCAGUCCUGAUAUUGAAUCAGUGCAAGGCGAUAUUAGAAAAAACAUUUUUUUUGUUAUUACCUUGAUUAAAUCUUUAUUCAAACAAAAAAAAAAUAAACACUUUAAGAUAUGACAAUCUCUUUUGUGUUCUU